GAGUCCUAUAAAGCAAGUCUUGUGAAUCAAAGACACAAGCAUAUUCACCCCCUCACAUACACACACACACACACAGAAAUGAGCUUUGCGUGCCUUGUGUGCCACAGUGUAGACAGCCCAUCUCACUCAUUUAGAAGCUACUCCGUUUCUAGCUCAGACAAUGAAGGAAGAUGCUCCGUGAUUGCGAGCUGCCUCUCAAGGACAUCACUCAUCCAAGCUGCAAGAUCGAACACUUUCCCUGCAUCGUCAUCCUCAAAGGUAACCCCACAACCCAACUUCCAAGGAGGUGAUCUGAUGAUAACAGAAGGAGCCUCUCCAAGGUUAGUGCGUAGCCGUGCAGUUAGAAGAGACAUUGUCAGAGACUGGAACUUCAACGAAACCGAGACAGAGCUUUAAACAAAAAUCAAAUCUAACUCUCUCUCUCUCUAUAGAUUAGUACUACCAUGAAUGUUCACAUAAUAUUAUAUGCAUCGCUUGUCAAAUUUUGUAUUGUGCUUACUGCUUUAUAAACCAA